GAAAUUAUCGAUCAACAAAGUUUUUCAUGGCAUAGGUCGCAUGGUGGAAUCAGAUCCCUUGAUUAUGCAUUAAUCAAGAGAUAAAGAUGAAAACUCCUUGUGGGUCCCAACUCCCAAGAAGGGUCCUUUUCAGGACGUUUGUCCUUCUCCUUUGUAUCAUUGCCUUCUUAAAUUUAUUAUUCGAAACCAAAGGAGGAGUAGCUAACCGGAUCUAUAAACAAUAGUAGCACUUCUUUCCCAACUGGGUCAAUCAAGACUCUUAAUGAUCAUAAAGAACCAAGCCCAGAGUGCCAAAGUCCAAUUUUAAGCCACAGUGUCUCCACAGCCUAAUUUGCCGAAUAUAUUGAGUACACAUUUCUCAAAGGUUGUUAAUUUGUUAGUCUCGGUUAGAGAGGGUUGAGAGACACAAAGAAGAAUCAUGGAGGUGAACAACCAAAUCGUGGAGAGGAGCAAGAGGGUUAAAGGGAGAGUGGUUUUGAUGAAGAAGGGUGUGUUGGACUUCCACGACAUCAAAGCCAACGUUCUCGAUCGAGUUCACGAGUUAUUAGGCAAGGGUGUCUCUCUUCAGCUUAUUAGUGCUACUACUCCUGAUCCAGCAAAGGGGUUAUUGAGAGGGAAGGUGGCAAACUUGGAGAGGUGGGUUUCGACGAUUACCUCUUUGACAUCAACAACAGACACAGAGUUCUCAGUUACGUUUGAGUGGGAUGAGAGCAUGGGUGUUCCUGGGGCAUUCAUAAUCCGAAACAAUCACCAUAGCCAGUUCUACCUCAAGACACUGACCAUUGAAGACAUUCCAGGGCAUGAUGGUCCUGUUAAUUUUGUCUGCAAUUCUUGGGUCUACCCUGCUCAUCGUUACGCCCAUGAUCGUGUCUUCUUUGCCAACAAGGCUUAUCUUCCAUGUCAUACACCUGAGCCACUGCGCAAGUUCAGGGAACAAGAACUAAAAACUCUCUGCGGGAAAGGGUUCGGGAAGCUUAAUGAGUGGGACAGAGUCUAUGACUAUGCAUACUACAAUGAUUUGGGACUUCCAGAUGAUGGUCCUGACUAUGCACGCCCUGUUCUUGGAGGAUCACAAUUUCCAUAUCCACGUAGAGGAAGAACUAGUCGUCCACAUUGCAAAACAGAUCCUAAAACUGAGUCAAGAUUGCAUCUUCUAAAUCUGAACGUUUAUGUGCCGAGGGAUGAACAGUUUGGCCACGUCAAGUUUUCAGAUUUUCUGGCUUACUCUCUGAAAUCUGUUGCUCAGGUUUUGCUUCCAGAGAUUAAAUCUUUGUGUGACAAAACUAUUAAUGAGUUUGACACCUUUCAAGAUGUACUUGAUAUUUAUGAGGGAAGUAUUAAGCUGCCAAGUGGACCUUUAACGAGUAAACUGAGAAAACUUGUUCCCUAUGAGCUAUUGAGAGAACUUAUUAGGAAUGAUGGUGAGAGAUUCCUCAAAUUCCCAGUGCCUGAUGUGAUCAAAGUGAGUAAGACUGCAUGGAGGACAGAUGAGGAAUUUGCAAGGGAAAUGCUUGCAGGGGUUAACCCUGUUAUUAUUCGCCGUCUCCAAGAAUUUCCCCCGGCCAGCAAACUAGACCCCAGAGUAUAUGGAGACCAAACUAGCUCCAUCAGAGCAACGCACAUAGAAAAUAGUUUGGAUGGGCUUACAAUAGAUGAGGCAAUUCAAAAUAUGAGGCUAUUUAUAUUAGAUCAUCACGACUCGUUGAUGCCAUACAUUAGUCGAAUAAACUCUACCAACACAAAGACUUAUGCCUCUAGAACGCUCCUGUUUCUACAAGAUGACGGUACACUCAAGCCACUGGCUAUAGAGUUAAGCUUACCCCAUCCACAAGGGGAACAACAUGGAGCUGUGAGCAAAGUUUUCACUCCAGCACAAGAAGGAGUAUCGGCUUCGGUGUGGCAGCUGGCUAAGGCUUAUGCAGCCGUCAAUGAUUCAGGAUAUCAUCAAUUGGUUAGCCACUGGUUAUACACUCACGCAGUAAUUGAACCGUUCAUCAUAGCUACACACAGGCAGUUGAGUAUUCUUCACCCAAUACACAAGCUCUUGAAGCCACACUUCAGGGACACAAUGCAUAUAAAUGCCUUAGCCCGGCACACGCUCAUCAAUGCUGGAGGGGUACUAGAGAUUACAGUUUUCCCUGGUAAAUUCGCCUUGGAAAUGUCGUCCGUUAUAUACAAAAGUUGGGUAUUCACCGAGCAGGCACUACCUGCUGAUCUUCUUAAGAGGGGAAUGGCAAUUCCUGAUUCAAGUUCUCGUCGUGGACUAAGGCUUGUGAUAGAGGAUUAUCCGUUUGCCGUGGACGGCAUAGAAAUCUGGGAUGCAAUAGAAACCUGGGUGACUGAAUACUGUAACUUCUAUUACACAUCCAAUGACAUGGUCGAGGAAGACAGUGAACUUCAGAGUUGGUGGAAAGAAGUACGCAACGAGGGUCACGGUGACUUAAAAGAUAGGCAUUGGUGGCCAGACAUGAAGACCAAAGAGGAACUCAUUCAUUCAUGCACCAUUAUCAUAUGGCUUGCUUCUGCAUUCCAUGCAGCUGUGAAUUUUGGACAGUACCCUUUUGCUGGAUACCUCCCUAACCGUCCAACGGUGAGUCGUAGGUUCAUGCCGGAGCAAGGUACCCCAGAGUAUGAGGAGCUUAAGUCAGACCCUGAAUUGGCAUUCCUCAAAACAAUCACUGCCCAGUUCCAAACACUUGUUGGUGUGUCACUGAUAGAAGUUCUGUCCAGGCACUCAACUGAAGAGGUUUACCUUGGGCAAUGUGAGAACCCUGAAUGGACUCUAGAUGCUGAGCCAUUGGCAGCAUUUGAGAGGUUCAGACAGAAGCUGUUGGAGAUUGAGAACAAUAUCAUGGAAAGGAACAAGGACAAGAGAUUCAAAAACAGAAAUGGGCCGGUGAAGAUGCCUUACACACUUCUCUAUCCCAACACCUCAGAUUAUUCUAGGGAGGGUGGACUAACUGGCAAGGGAAUCCCCAACAGUAUAUCCAUCUAAUACAACACUCCUACCUUUCUAUCUUCCCAUUAAAUUCUAUUUCAAGCAAUUUGUGUGUCGUGAUUACUAGAGUGUGUAUAAUUUAUAACAUUGUUUGUCUUCAGAUUACCAUGUUGCCUGCCUCUGCUUUAAUUGGUUCAAGCUCGUUGUGUAACUGGUUUUGAUUGGAAAACCAUAUCAUCUUUUGGGAGCAUCAUAAACAAUUGAAAUUGCAAGUGUUUUGGUUAAGCUUCA